CUUUCAGAUAUGGCUCCGUAUUAUGAAGCGCUCUGCAAGUCCCUUGAGUGGCAGAUAGACGUGGAUCUGUUGAACAAGAUGAAGAAAGCUAAUGAGGAAGAAUUGAAACGCCUUGACAAUGAAUUAGAAGAUGCGGAAAAGAUCUUGGGGGAGAGCGAAAUCCGAGAUGCAAUGAUGGCCAAAGCUGAGUACCUGUGCAGGAUCGGGGACAAGGAGGGAGCUCUGACUGCGUUCCGCAAGACUUACGACAAAACCGUGGCACUGGGACAUCGUCUGGAUAUCGUGUUCUAUCUUCUAAGGAUCGGCUUGUUUUACAUGGAUAACGACCUCAUCACACGGAACAUUGAAAAGGCAAAAAGUCUAAUAGAAGAAGGAGGAGACUGGGACAGGAGAAAUCGUCUCAAAGUGUACCAGGGCCUUUACUGUGUAGCUAUUCGAGAUUUCAAACAAGCAGCAGAGCUCUUCCUUGAUACAGUUUCGACGUUUACAUCCUAUGAACUCAUGGAUUACAAAACAUUUGUAACCUACACUGUCUAUGUCAGCAUGAUUGCAUUAGACAGGCCUGACCUUAGGGAAAAGGUUAUUAAAGGAGCAGAGAUUCUGGAAGUGUUACACAGUUUGCCAGCUGUACGACAGUACCUCUUUUCUCUUUAUGAAUGCCGUUACGCAGCCUUUUUCCAGUCAUUAGCUAUUGUAGAACAAGAGAUGAAAAAAGAUUGGCUGUUUGCACCUCACUAUCGAUACUAUGUACGGGAAAUGAGAAUCCAUGCGUACAGCCAGCUCCUAGAGUCUUACCGGUCAUUGACAUUAGGAUACAUGGCAGAAGCAUUUGGAGUCAGUGUAGAAUUCAUAGAUCAGGAGCUUUCACGAUUUAUCGCAGCUGGGCGAUUACACUGCAAAAUAGACAAAGUAAAUGAGAUUGUAGAAACUAACAGGCCUGAUAGCAAGAACUGGCAGUACCAAGAAACCAUCAAGAAAGGAGAUUUGCUGCUAAACAGAGUUCAGAAACUUUCCAGAGUAAUUAAUAUGUAAUUUUUUAAUGCAAGGGAAUGCAAAAUUUAGAUGUUUAAAACAUUUUGGAAGUAACCUAUAAAUAUAUUGUAUAACUUGGUAUACUCUAGGUAAAAAAAAUUACUAGCGAGAGAGGUAGUGUUUUUACUUUCCACUUCAUUAUGUAAACAAUGUUCUGUUUUGGUGUAUGGAUCCCAGUUCAUUUAUUAAAUGUAUGAUGCAGUUGGUGAUCUCUUGUAAUCUACUUUGUUCCUUUCCUUGACUGUGUAUACAGUGCUCAAUGUUUAGUAGCAAAGCAGUGUCAAGAUCUGUGACUGGAGAGAACUAAUGGCAAUCCUGUGCUUGCUUUUUUAAGACUUCUGUAUUGGAAUCAAAGGUGAAAAGAAUCAGUUGCGUAAUAGUACAGUAGCCAACAAUUUUAGUUUGUGCGCAGUCCAGGCAGAAUGAACUCUUGUUACGAGAGGAUGACAGCUGAGGGGAGAAGGAAUAAGGAUACGAAUGACUGAGGUGAAGCAAUAAUAUAGCCAUGAAAACUGUAAGGACGAUAGCUUUGGGAACUGAAGUAGCCUCUCCCUUAAAAUCCCGUUUUUGCUAGCUGUUGGAAAGAAAGUCAGCACAUUAGCAAAGCAUUGUGUUUGUAAUCACUUCCUCUGUUAGAUUUGGAGACGUCAAAACGAUGGUAGGAACAGUGGAAGAUGCUAUUGCAGCUUGACACAACUGACCAAAUACUGUCGGGGGUUACAAUUUCUCUCUUCACAGCUGCUGAGGAAUAAACGUGUGGAGUAGGCUGCGGCCGUAGUGAUCGUUUCUGGCCAUGGCAGAGCCUACGGCAGCAGCUCUUUACCCUGCUUGCUGGGCUUGAGGUUUCUUUUUUCCUCCCAAAGACAGUCUGUGACUUAGUUCCCUUUGCUGUUUGAUGCCACUGCACUUAGCAACAGAAUCCAUUUACUGCCUGUCUUCACCGUGACUUUAAUCCUUGAAGUAACACCCGCAGGUAGAUACCCCACGGAAUGAUCCUGAUGUUUGGAAGCUGCUGUGGAACAGCUAGGACAGCCUGGAAUUUCACAUGACCGCUCUUUUUACUGGGAGGUGGUGGAGGAUCUCCCGUCUUUGAAUCGCUGCCACCCACCCGAGGGUAGGCUCCUCAGCCCGUUAAAGUCUUUGUUGAAUUGUUCCAAAACCCAAAAUGCGACCUAAUGAUUUUUGGUUUUCUUUUGCUACUUACUAGAAGCUGUUUGUUCUUUUUUUUUUUUUUCCAAGUAGCAGCUAUUCAGCUAGAGUGUAAAGAUUUACAUUUCAGCCAGCACCAAUUCUGAUCUUCCCUUUCUUUACAGUAGUGAGAGUCGUAAAAGAGAACCCUGGUUUGUUUACCGUGGGGUCAGCUAUUGAUUCUUCAUUCUGCGUGUUCACACGCAUAUCACUUCUUACAAAGUUUUAAUUGAUUCAGGCCAAUAUUCAGACUCCAGAGCUGCAGUAAUGCCUCUGGGUUUAUUCUAGAGCAGUUCCGUAGCGGGUGAAGUGUAGCUAGGCUAGCAAGACUGUAGUUGUGGCUGCCUCUGGGUAACCCCUUUUCUACCUCCCAUCCAGGAGGCGAAUGCCAAGCCUAUCACAGACGGCCGCACGGCAGAGGCUGGGGGCCUGAGUGGAGGCAUUUCGUGUCUGGUACAGAGACGAAUUUUCCUUUCCAGCAUACUUGUACUUGAACUGGCCUUAAUUAACUAUAUCAAAGCUUUGCAAAAUAAAUCUCAGGAGUUCAUUCAGCUUAUGUAUUGCCAUAUACAUUUCUAACUGUAAGUUGAAGGGAACAGGAACUUAAACUGGGCUUCAUUAACACAAGAGAAAUGUUGCUGCUCUUGCAGUAUAGGCAAGAGCAACAGAAAAAAAAAAAAAAGAAAUGUCUACUUUGUGAGGAAAAUAAAAGUAUUACUGAAGAUUCUUAGUGUGCGGUAAGAUCUUUGCUGAGCUUUCACUUAUUAUUGUAUUCUAACCAUCACUAUCACCCUGUGGGAACCAAGCGUUCCCUGCUCAGGGAGGUGAAAAACCAGAACAUUCAAAAUGGAAACGGACAUACCCUACCAGAGCAGAGUGAGAAUUCAUUUCCAGUGUGCU